AGGCUGGGCUGUGAGGGGGAGGUCUGAUGCGAUCCAGCUGACAAGGAUGGACUAUGCCAUGAAGUCCCUCAGCCUCCUCUACCCCAGGUCUCUGGCCAGGCACGUGACCGUGAGCACCUCGGUGGUAACUCAGCAGCUGGUAUCCAAGGCCAGUGUGAAGGCCCCCAGGGCCCGGCCUUACCGAGUGAGCACCGCAGAUCGGAGCGUGCGGAAGGGUGUCACAGCAUGCAGCCUUGAGGACCUCCUUCAUAAGGUGCAGGACCUUUUGAUGCUAAAAGACAAGCCCUUCUCCCUCGUGCUGGAAGAGGAUGGCACAGCUGUAGAGACAGAGGAGUAUUUCCAAGCCCUGGGUGGGAACACUGUGUUCAUGGUCCUCCAAAAGGGGCAGAGAUGGCAGCCCCUGUCAGAGCAGGGGACCCAGUACCAACUCUCGCUCUCUGACAAGCCCUCCAAGAAGAUUGAUGUGGCCCGCAUAACCUUUGACCUAUACAAACUGAGCCCGCAGGACUUCAUUGGCUGUCUGAAUGUGAAGGCGACCCUCUACAACACCUACUCCCUGUCCUAUGACCUGCACUGCUACAGGGCCAAGCGCAUUGUAAAGGAAGUGCUCCGCUGGGCCCUCUUCAGCAUGCGAGCCACGGGCCAUGUGCUGCUUGGCACCUCCUGCUACAUGGAACAGCUCCUGGAUGACACCACCACUGAGGAGGCACAGCCCGCCCCGGCCAGGGCCCCCUCCCUCCUCUCUGCCUGCCUGAAGCUUCUGCCCUGAGGGCCAGAGCCUGGAAGGCUCUCCCAGCCACAGAUGAGCCUGGAGCCACACAGAAGCAGGAGCUAGAGGCUUCUGCCUCUCUACACCUCAUUCACAUCACAAGAGCAUGCCUGAGGCAGAAGGAGGGCCUGGGGGCUGUCACAGCCAGCCAGGCUCCCGGCCUGGCCCACUCCUUCAUGCCUGGAAGUUUAGCUGAGCAACCUGGUCACCUGGGCGGUGACUGCCAUCUCCCCUCAGCCCUCUGUCUUCACGCUCACCAUGCCCUCGCUCUCCCUACCCAACCCAGAGCACUUCACCCAUUGUCAUGCCUGACCAAGGCUCCACGUCUGAAUUUGCAAUACACUUUUUAUGUGACACA